UGAUCUUAAAUUUCUUCAAGAAAUUUUUUGAAAAUGAAGGCUGUUCUUAUCCGGACCGGUUCUGUACCCAUUCACUCCUCCUUGCUCUCUGGUUCACCUAGAUUAUCCAUUCACGUUCGUCACAAUUCUUUCUCCGGCAGUGAUCACAAAGUGGAGUUUUCACCUUUGUUGCAUUUGGAGGUGAACAACAAUCGUCGGAGAAUCAGCAGAACCAUGUCUGAGCCGCAGGGGAUUACUAGAUUGAGGUCGAUCAGUGCCGGAUCACAGACCUUCCAGGAAAUGUUACCGGAGGUGGACGAGGAGUCGUUGUCUUAUGAGGAUGUUGUUGGAGGUACUGCAUCGUUGAAGUUCGCAGAGAAAUGUUUUGAUCUAAUGAGUUCCACGCCGGCAAGUGGAAUCAAAGUGGAUGAGUUGCAAUUUCCUAGCGCCGGUAGUGGGAGUGGAAAGGAUCGCGAUGGUUUUGGUCCAGGACGAUCUUCUGGCGGAAGUAGCAACAACGAUUAUGAACGGAGCAAAAUUGGAGCCUACUAUCAACAAAUGUUGAAAUCGAACCCUAAUGAUCCUCUUAUCCUCAGAAACUACGGCAAAUUCUUGCACGAGGUUGAAGGAGAUCCUGUUAAAGCAGAGGAGUAUUAUGGAAGAGCGAUACUUGCGAGUCCUGGAGACGGUGAACUUCUAUCGUUGUACGGCAAACUAAUUUGGGACACACACAGAGAUGGAGAGCGAGCUAAAUCAUACUUCGAUCAGGCCGCUAGCGCCUCUCCUGACGAUUGUAUGGUGAUGGGAUCAUACGCACAAUUUAUGUGGGAAGCAGAUGAAGAUGAAGAUGAAUCCGGAUCUAAUGUGUCGAUCUCUGCAGCAGAAACGAUGGUCGCAGCUUUCUAGGUUUGGAUCAUCUAAUUUCUCUAUCUCCAUCUCCUGUAACAACCACAAUACACCUGAUGAAGGAUGGAUAAGUUGUUAAUUACUAUAAUUAAUUAAUAAACCGGAAAGAUCGUCUAACCUGACGUCGAUAUGAGUCUGAAUGAGGAAGGAGAUCUAGAGAUCUGAAAUCGUUUUCGAGUUUCAACUUGUUUGUACAGAGCACGAGGGCUAUGCUUAUGGCCAAUCAGUUCAAUAAAAUCAUAUCUCCUUUUAACU